AAUGCUAUCGAGUGCAUUGCGGAAUCAGGCUAUCAGACAGGCCUCUUUAGCUUCCCCUCUUGGCCCACAAGUAGUCCCUGUGGUGGGUAUAGAUGAGAUGAGUGCUCAGUAUGCAGACCCUUAUCAAUCAUUAUCCCCCUCACUGUAUGUUGCAAUGCAAAACCAAGCCAUCCGAGAUGCUGCCUUUGUUUCCCCUUUGGGCCCUCAUGAGUCACCUGUGGCCACUUCAUCUCCCCUUUUGUCUGGCGCAUUGCAAAAUCAAACAGUGAGAGAUGCAUCUUAUGUUUCUCCUCUGCAAAGGCCAGUAUCUCCGUAUGUACAGGCCAUGCCCCCUUCAUCUCCCCUUUUGUCUGGCGCAUUGCAAAAUCAAACAGUGAGAGAUGCAUCUUAUGUUUCUCCUCUGCAAAGGCCAGUAUCUCCGUAUGCACAUGCCAUGCCCCCUUCCUCUCCAAUAGUGUCCAGAGCUUUGCAAAAUCAGGCGGUGAGAGAAGCAUCCUACGUGUCUCUCAUUCCAAGGCCUCAGUCCCCUUAUGCGCCAUCUGCUCCUUCAUCUCCAAUGCUUCAUGGAGCCAUAAGGCAAAAUCAGGCACUUCAAGGUGUAGCUUCUUAUCCCACUCCACAGCUACACUCGCCAUACGGACAGACUUAUGUUACUGGGUAUGAUUAUAUAUCUGAGCCUGGCCCAGCACCACUGCUCUAUGAUGCCUUGCAGAACCGUUCCAGUGUGCAGAAUGUUUCUUCUCUAAGAUCGCCAAUGAUGCAACGCCAUAACCCUUAUGCACCAGCUGGGCCUAAGCUCCAUAGUGCACUACAGCAGCAUCCAAAUAUCCUCCAAGCAUCCUAUCAGUCUCCUUUGCAAUUCAGACGGUCCCCAUAUGGACCUCCGCCACCCUCUUCACCAAUGCUGGCCACUGCCCUUCAUAAUCCACAGUUGAUGCAGGCAUCAUACCGGCUGCCAGAUGGAACUUUGGUGUCACCCUACGCAGAUCCACAUUCUUCACCACAGCUUAAUCAAGCUUUGCAGAACCAACAAAUCCGUGGAGCUUCAUACAUUUUGCCAGAUGGAUCAGUUAUCAGGGACCCACGAAUUCCCCAGAAGCCCAUGUCUCCCAACCUUGCCAGAGCUCUUCAGAACCAGGAUCUCAGGACUGCUACGUACACUCUACCUGAUGGCACAAUUAUAGAUCCUAGACAGCAACAACCUGUUUCACCAAACUUGGCUAAGGCCCUGAAGAACCCAGCGCUCCGUGAAGCUUCUUAUUCACUCCCUGAUGGUACCAUUGUCAUUGACCCAAAGAAACCAAAAUCCCCCAACCUUGCAGCUGCACUUCAGAACCCUUACCUGAAAAGUGCCUCUUACACACUGCCUGACGGUACUAUUAUCAUCGAUCCACGAAAGCCUGCCUCUCCAAAUCUUUCUAAUGCCCUUCAGAACCCCGCCCUCAGGAACGCCUCAUUCAACCUGCCGCAGGGAGUUCGUGACCCUAAUACACCCAUAUCGCCAGACUUGUUUAAGGCCCUUAAUAACCCAGCCUUGAAAGGGGCAACUCUGACCCUACCCGAUGGAACUAUGAUAGUUGAUCCCAGAAAACCAAAGAGUCCCAACCUGACGGCAGCGCUUCAAAACCCUUACCUUAAGGGUGUCUCAUACACCUUGCCUGAUGGAACCAUCAUCAUUGACCCACGAAAACCUCUCAACCCUGACUUGUCUAAAGCUCUCGAGAAUGUACACCUUAGAAAUGCUACAUACCAGCUCCCUGAUGGAUCCUUGGUCAUUCCUGGUCAACAACCUAAAACUCCAAACCUUUCCUUUGCCCUGAGGAAGAACAUGGCCCUUCGUUCUGCAGAUCGCUUUCAUCUUCCUCAGAAUUCUGCCCUGACAGGGGCACCUAAACCCUCCAUUCCAAACCUUUCCACUGUCCUGAACAACGAAGACAUGCGUGGUGCCCAUUACAGGUUGCAAGAUGGCUCCAUUCUGACAAGACGGUUCCAUAAUCCCAGUAUGGUGGAUGCGAUCCAAAACCAACAGCUUCGUUACGCCUCAUACAGGCCACCGGCAGGACUACAGGGUGCGGAUAAUCGAUAUGCUGUGAUUCCCCCCUACGGACCGUACUCCGGCCACUGGGCCAGGAAUGCCAGAGGAGGCGGGGAAGCAGGGGAGGAUGUUUGGGCCGCUGAAAGGGUUUUGCCCCAUGGCACCGUCCAGAAUCUGGCCAAGUGGUCGAUGUACAGAGAAGCUGGAGUGUUGGAUGUAUAUUUACCUACACCUAAAGUUGAGGAUGGAGAGAUUCAGGAUCCAGACUGGACUCCUGUCAGGGAGAGGAUGCCUGGGCAAAGCUGGUAUGAUAAGAUCUACUCUGUCCUAAGCAUGCCAACAACUGGCCACAGGGUAAAACGCUGGGCUGAGGGCAUGGAAGACUUGACACAGCUACCGGAGCUGAAUGAGACCACCGUUCUGAUGAAUCUCAAGAAACGCUACGACCAGGAGCUCAUUUAUACCUACAUCGGCAGCAUCCUUGUGUCUGUCAACCCUUACAAGUUGCUGAACAUUUACGGCACAGACAUGGUGCGCCAGUAUGAGGGCCACGGCUUGAGUGACAACCCUCCUCAUCUUUUUGCCCUCGCUAAUCUCUCAUACACCAACAUGAUGGAUGCCAAAAACAACCAGUGUAUUGUGAUCAGUGGCGAAAGCGGGUCUGGGAAGACGGAAGCAACGAAACUGAUUCUACGUUACUUGACAGCCAUACAUCACAAACGCAAUGUAACCCAACAGAUAGAGAUCCUAGAAGCCACGCCUUUGUUGGAGUCCUUCGGGAAUGCCAAAACCGUGCGCAAUGACAACUCUUCGCGCUUUGGCAAAUUCACGCAGAUCUGCAUGGAGCAGGGUGUAAUCAGCGGUGCCAUAACGUCUCAGUACCUGUUGGAGACAUCCCGCAUUGUCUUUCAGGCCAAAUCGGAAAGGAACUACCACAUCUUCUACGAGAUGUUGGCGGGUCUUCCUCCGCACGAGAAACGCUCGCUGUAUCUGCAGGAUGCUGAGACCUACUACUAUCUCAAUCAGGGAGGAGACUGUACGAUCGAGGAGAAGGACGACGCGGAGGACUUCAGACGACUGCUGAAUGCCAUGGACAUCCUGCGCUUCACCCCCGAGGAGCAAAAGGGCAUUUACAGACUUUUGUCCUCCAUCCUCCAUCUUGGUAACGUCUACUUCCAGCCACUCCAGGCCAAGGCCGAAGGCCAGGAGGCGGCGUCGGUGGUGAGCGCCCAGGAGAUUCGGGUGGUGGCCGAGCUGCUGCAGGUGUCCCCUGAAGGCCUGCAAAAGUGUGUCACCUUCAAAAUGAUGGACACAGUCAGGGAAAAGAUCUACACUCCGCUCACAGUAGACAAUGCUGUGGAUGCCAGAGAUGCUGUUGCCAAGAUCCUCUACUCGCUGCUCUUCAACUGGCUGACGGAGCGCAUCAACGGACGCGUGUACCCCCGCAACCACGCGCUCUCCAUCGCCAUCCUGGAUAUUUAUGGAUUCGAGGAGCUGCAGGUGAACAGUUUUGAGCAGCUGUGCAUCAACUACGCCAACGAGACCUUGCAGUUCUACUUCAGCAAAGUCAUCAUCCAGCGGGAGCAGGAGGAGUACAUGCGCGAGCAGAUUGAGUGGCAGCAGCGAGCCUUCAGCCACAACCAGGCCUGCCUGGACCUCAUCGCCGCAAAGCCUCAUGGGAUACUGCGCAUCCUGGACGAUCAGUGCGGCUUCCCUCAGGCAACCGACCACACCUUCCUGCAGAAGUGCCAUUAUCACCAUGGUAACGACCCCCUCUAUGCCAAGCCCAAGAUGGCACUGCCAGAGUUCACCCUCAAGCACUACGCCGGCAGCGUCACCUAUCAGGUGCACAAGUUCUUGGAUAAAAACUUUGACACGGUCCGGCAGGACGUCCUGGACCUCUUCAUCCAGAGCAAACACAGAAUGGUGUCCGACCUCUUCCUCAAACACUCGGAGGUCGUGUCCCUGCAGCGCUCCCACGCGCGGCGCAGCAGCACGGCUCGCCGCUUCCAGGCCAACACGGUCAGUGCAAAGUUCCAGAGCAGCUUGCAGGAGCUGCUGGAGAAGAUGGAGAGGUGUAACCCUUAUUUUGUGCGAUGCAUCAAGCCAAACCACCUAAAGGAGGCCGGACUGUUUGACACAGAGCUGGUGAGCACGCAGCUGCGUUACUCUGGAAUCAUGGAGACCAUACGGAUCCGCAAGGAAGGUUACCCGGUCAGGCUCACCUUUGACGGCUUCCUCUCAAGGUAUAAAGCCCUGCUCUGCAUGAAAGAAACGCCGCCCGCCCUCGGAGAAAACUGCGCCAUCGUGCUGCGCAAACUGGGCCCCGUCAAGGUCGGCUCCUUCCAGCUGGGAGUCAGCAAGAUCUUCCUGAAAGAAGAGCUACAUCAGCUGCUGGAAAGCAAGCGGGACCGCCUGCUCAACAUCGCCGCCCUCACGCUGCAGAGAUAUGUGCGCAUGUACUUCAUUCGCAAGAACUUUGUCAAGUUCCGACACUGCAUGACACGCUUUCGUGCUCGCUGCAAAGGCUACGUGAUCAGGAGAAAGUUUUCUAGGAGGAGGAAAUACUUAAUCAGGCUGCGCUCCAUCGUGCGGCUCAUUGUCAACCGGCAGCGUUACAUGCGGACGGUGGUGGAUCCUGCGAGGAAGGCUGAGGAGGACCGCAUCAAUAGAGAAGUGGUGAAUGUGACCACGCUGCCUAUCCCUGCCCAGCUGGCCGCGCUGCUGCAGGCGGCUUCAGGUGGAGCCGAGCUGCACUCGGACUGCUUGGCACUCGUCCAGGCUCCAAAGGUGCAGGUCGACCCCCAGCUGACCUUGCCCCUGGACAUCAACAACUACCUCAUGACUCAUUACAUCCGCGCCAUAUUUAGGGAGCCGUUGUUUGGGAUGCUGACAGCCCCACUGGAGAACUCCCUGACCCGAUUGGACCAGGAGCUUCAGCAAGGAUCGCUCAACGUUUUUGUGCUGAUCCUUCGCUUCAUGGGCGACCCCGACUUGAACGGGGCCCAGGAGAACCUCUUUGGCAACUACAUCGUCCAGAGAGGACUCGCUCGCCCCGACCUCCGAGACGAGAUCUUCGCCCAAGUCGCCAACCAGGUGUGGAGGAACCCCAACGUGCUGAAUUGUGAGCGGGGUUGGCUCCUGUUGUCCUCGUGUCUGUCCGCCUUCAUUCCCUCCCCAAGGCUGGUCAAGCACCUGAUCAAGUUCGUGUCCGACUACGGCCCGGAAGGCUACGACUCGGUGUGUCAGCGCCGUCUGCUCCAGGCCAUGCAGGGGCGGAGCGCGGGGCCGGAACACGUGCGCACGUACCCGCCCUGCCUGCUGGAGUGGACCGCCAACCGCAAGCGAGCGCACACGGUCCUGCACGUGCACUGUUUCGAUGGUGUGUCCGUCCUUUGUCCCGUGCACUCGUGGACUAGAGGGGAGGAUAUGGCCAGAGACAUCCUACAACACAGGGGUGUGACGGAGGGUCGUCGGGGGUGGUCCGUGCUGCUGAAGGAGGCGGCCCAGUUGGUGGAACUAGAGGGGUCAGACUAUGUCCUGGACCUUAUGUCAGACUUGGAGCUCCCGGCGGACUUUCCUAAACACAGCAGCUACUUCAUCAUCUCUGCACAGGAUCCAGGCCGAGUCAGGCCCAAUGCUAGCAUAAGUCUGCUGGGCGGUGGGUUUGAUGCCAACGACGAUGUCUUAUUGUCCGCCAUAGCGUCUGACGGGUUCGCCAGCCAGGAUGCCGAGCCUCCGCCAGGGAUGGAUCGUUAUCUCGACAGCCUGUUUGACCCGGUUCUCUCUGAGGGGACUGCGGAAGUGGACUCUGCUGCCCUCCUCUCCAGCAGGAUGAAGGGCGCCGGAGGAGUCGGCUGGCACGACCCAGACCAGUCCGGCGGCCCCCCACCUCCACCUGGCGCUGUGCGGGUCCUUCCUGUGGGAGCUGUGAUGUCACCUCGCGUAGCGGCCGUCGCCCCCGUCACCCCUGAUGUCCAGCAGGCGAUCCUGGCCCGGCAGCAGCAGAUAAAUCAGCAGGCAGCCAUCAUGGCGCAGCAGGCCAUGUCCAGCCCCCCGACCUCACCCGUCACAAGCCCUCCCACCAGCCCUCAGCUCCAGCAUCCGCCCAGCCCGUACGCCGCCGUGCCUCCGAGUCCCUACGCCAACAUCCCGCCCAGCCCAUACGCCAACUUCACGCCAUCGCCCUACGGCGCCGUCAGCCUCCCGUCCAGCCCCUACCCGCCUCCCUCGGCGACUAAUACUCCAUUGCAGCCUCCGGGUCAACCUGCGCCAGAGGCCCCGACGCGUCCCAAGGACCCAGAGAUGAGCCCCGCUGGAACCGACAGAACUGGGUCGACGCCGCCGGAGGCUAGUCCGCCCACGCAGUCGAAUAAAGACAGCGUUCCUCGGAGGAAAGCACCAACAAUUCCCACCAACAAGGACAAACCUGCCAAAACUUUUGCCCCAGUGCCCACGUCUGCGCCGCCCCCUGCCGGUGAGAUGGUGAAGUACUCCCCUCGGCCAACGGAGCAUAUUGUGCCCAGCCACGACAUUCAAGAAAUUAUCAGGCGAUACAACUCCCCGCCUCCACCAAUGGAGCCACUCCCACCUGGGAAAAGGAGACCAGAGGGUAAAUUCAAGAAGAAACAAACACCUCGUGACGAAGCGUUACAGAUCCUAAAGCCUCAGAUGAACAACCCUCCUGCUCCACAGCCUAAACGUCCAGAGGCUCCGCCUCCUUCUGCCCCUGUGAUGAAGGAGACCACUUCGAAACCCACCAGGAGCACCAAGACCAGAGCGCCCGGUCGUCCGGUUCUGGUCCCCCCACCAGUGUCUCGAGAGAUGCCGGUGGAAGUGGAGAACAUUCAGACUCAACUGCACCAGAGCACCAACGAGGAACACUACACCUACACCAACGUUCCCUGGAGACUUUACCUCAGGAAAGAGGUGUUUUACCCCAAAGACAACUUCAACAGCCCGCUGGUGUUGGACCUCAUUUUCAAACAGAUAGUUAACGACACUCUGUCAGAGGCGUGCGUUCGCAUCAGGCGGGAUGAAAGGCAGAGGAUGAAAGCUCUCUUUGGCGAACAUGGCGUCCAACAGAACAUGGACCCGGUGGAAGAACACGUGAAGAAAAAGAUAGUCACGGCCGCCAGGGACACCUGGGAAAUUUACUUCUCCAGACUCUUCCCUGCUUCGGGUAGCGUGGGAACAGGCGUGCAGGUCAUGUCGGUGUCGCACGGCGGCGUCAAGCUGCUGAAGACCGUGAGGAGCAGCGCCACCGCUCCGGACUACUUCCGGGUCCUCCGAGCGUACACUUACGCAGACAUCUUGUUCGUGACCAUCCCGUCUGAGAACAUGCUGGAGUUCAUCCUGACCAACGACAAGCUCAUCUUGUUCUCGGCCAAGGCGCCGCAGGUCAAACACCUGGUGGACGCCUUCAUCAACGAGAUCAAGAAGGAUUCGGACUAUGUGAUCGCGGAGCGUAACUUCGUGGCGGACGACCGCUCCAUGCUCAACUUCCACAAGGGCGACAUCAUCAGGCUGCAAGUGCUGGACGGGCUGGAGAAAGGUUACAGCUAUGGCUGCGUGGUGAGGAAGAAAGUGGUGUUUUUGGAGGAGCUGAAGAGGAAUACACCCGACUUUGGCUGGAAGUUUGGCGCCGUGUUUGGACGCUCGGGCGCCUUCCCUGCCGAGUGCGUGCGCCCCGUGGCGCCUCCGGACUUCCUGACCCUGCCGCUGGACCGCAAGGCGGAGCCUCGGGGAGGAGCGGGGCAGUUUGCAGCGUCGUCGGCGGUGGCGGUGGCCGUGGCGUCCACCAUGGCCGCGCACGAGAUCGACCAGACCAUCGAGAAGGUUUCUCUGGAUGGCUUCGACGGCGACGUGGACGAGAGGACUCUGCAGGACAGCAAAUACGACAUGCUGGAGUUCGCCAAGAAAUACUUCAGACGUGCAGCCGGAGGGCGAGGGGACUCCCUGAAGAACAGGAGCAAGAGCCGAGACUCCAGGGUACCUGAGGAAAUGAUCAAGUUCUCCAAGACACCCCUCAGCGAGUCUCUGAUAGAGUUCACCGACCCGGCCAUGGACAGAGUGGCGGCGGACCUCUUCUUGUCGGUCAUGCGCUUCAUGGGGGACGCUCCGAUCAGGGGAAUGACGGAACAGGAAGUGGUCACCACUUUCCUCAAGCUGAUAGGAGAUUUCACCUUGAUGAGGGACGAGGCUUACUGUCAGGUGCUCAAACAGAUUACAGCCAACACCAGCUCCAAAGCUGACAGCUGCCAGCGAGGAUGGAGGCUCCUCUACAUCCUGACUGCUUUCAGCCGCUGCUCCGAGGUCCUCAAGCCCGUCCUCCUGAAAUACCUGAUGCAGGCCUCUCUCGGCGCCGGUGUACAGUAUCAGGGUAUCGCCAAAGCGUGUGAGCAGAACCUGAAGAAGACGUUCCAACAUGGCGGCCGCACUGUUCCGCCCAACAACAUGGAGCUCAAAGCUAUGCUGUCGGGGAGAAGCUCCAAGCGUCAGCUCUUCCUCUUCCCGGGAGGCAUUGAACGGCACGUGAAAAUCAAAACAUGCACCGUCUCCCUGGAGGUGAUCGAGGAACUGUGUUACGAGAUGGGCUUACACAGACUGGAGGCCAUCGAGGAAUACGCCAUAUUUUUAGUCACCGGCAGAGGUCAGAACGUGCGCCCGCUCAACAAACACGAGUACAUCCUGGACGUCGCCUCAGAGGCCGAGGUCGUGGACAACAACUACAGCUUCUGGUUCCGACGGGUGGUCUGGACCCAGCCUCUCAAGUUCGACAGCGAGCUCUACGUGGCCAUGCACUACAAUCAGAUCCUGCCGGACUACCGCAAAGGUCUCCUGAACAUUCUCCCACCCGGAGCGGUGAGCGACCAACAGCUGCAUCAGGUCUCCAAGCUGGCCGCCUUGCAGCACCGAGCCAAAGACCUGCUUUUCAUCCCCAGCAUACACGAGCUGUCGGAGUACAUCCCCGCGCCUCUCUUCAAAAAGCAGCCGCCCCAGCAGUGGGUUGCCAUGGCGACGCAGCACAUGCAGCAAGUGCAGAUCUUGAGUCCGCACCAGGCCCGCGCACAGUUUAUGGGUCUGAUCAGCGCCUUCCCCAUGUUCGGCUCGUCGUUCUUCUACACCCACAGCAGCAGCUCCACCUCCUUCUACGCCCCCUGCAUCGUCGCUGUCAAUCAAAACGCCCUCCACUUCCUGCACAGGAGCACGCACGAGGCGAUGGCGACGGUCCCCCUGGUGGAGGUGCAGGCCAGCCGCACCCAGAGGCCCUCGGCCGGGGCCAGCUACCCGUACGUGGACCUCGCCCUGGGCGACAUGGACGCGCAGCGGCUCGUCCAGCUGCAGCUGGAGCAGGGCCUGGAGCUGUGUCGAGUCAUCGCCAUGCAGGUGGAAAACAUGAUGCUGCUGCGCGAGAAGAGGCUCACUCUGCCGCCCAGCGAGAUCACCAUGCUGUAGAGCAGGGCUGGCCAAAGUGCGGCACUUUUUAAAAAAAAUUGUUAGCAUUCUAAUUAGCAUGCUAGUUUGUCUUUUUUUGCUAGUUUUGCCCAUAGACAUCUUAUAAGGGUACGCAGCAUGGAGCGCUACUGCCUACUGGAGCUGACGAGACGCGGGGCCGCCAUCUUGGAGUGGUGAUCCGCUCCACUCAGUGCAAUCCAUUUGGCAGGAGCAAUGAACUGUCAGCGCAUUUAAUUCAUUUUACCUCACUGAAUACCAAUGAUUUUCACGUGGUUUUUUGUCAUCAGGUAGCUAUGAUGGCGGCCCAAUUUCUCACGUCACAACAGCCAAUGCUGCGUCUACUUAUAAGAUGUCUAUGGUUUUGCAUAUAUACACCUUUUUACGUCAAACACAUACUUGACGAAUGCUAACGUUAUUAUGCUAGAUUUUUCCGCUAAUUUUGUAGGUGUACAUCCGAGUCAGGUUUUGGUACAUGAUCCAUGCUAAUCAUAUUAACUAAUUUUUCAGAUGUGCACCUCAGAGUAAUAUAUUUUGGUGCUUGACGCAUGUUAAAGUUAGCAUUUUAGCAUGCUAGCUUUUUAGGCUAACUUAACAGGCAAACACCUCAGUGUCAUAUAUUUUGGUAUUUCACUAAUGCUAACUGUAACCAUGCUAUUGUUAGCAUAUUACUGUUACAUUUGCUAAUUUUGCAGAUAUACACCUUUUUACGUCAACUAUACUGUAUACUUGACAAAGACUACCUGUUAGCAUGCUAACGUUUGAAUGCUCGCCCUUUUUUGCUAAUUUUGUAGGUGUACACCCAAGUCAUAUUUUGGUACUUGAUGCGUGCUAAGCAUUUUAACUAAUUUUUCAUAUGUGCACCUCAGAGUAAUAUAUUUUUGGUGCUUGACGCAUGUUACCGUUAGCAUUUUAGCAUGCUAACGUUUGCAUGCUAGCUUUUUAAGCUAAUUUAACAGGCAUACAUUUAAUGUCAUAUAUUUUUGUAAUUCACUAAUGCUAACUGUAAGUAUGUUAUUGUUAGCAUGUUAGCAUAUUACUGUUAGCAUUGUAGUUGUUUUGCUAAUUUUGCAGAUGUACCCCUUUUUACGUCAAAUAUACUGUAUACUUGACAAAGGCUACGUUUGAAUGCUAGCUUUUAUUUUGCUAAUUUUGUAGGUGUACACCUGAGUCAUAUUUUGGUACUUGAUGCAUGCUAACUAAUUUUUCAUAUGUGCACCUCAGAGUAAUAUAUUUUGGUGCUUUACGCAUGUUACCGUUAGCAUUUUAGCAUGCUAACGUUUGCAUGCUAGCUUUUUUCGCUAAUUUUGUAGGUAUAUACCUGAGUCCUAUUUUGGUACUUGAUGCAUGUUUACUAAUUUUUCAGAAGUGCACCUCAGAGUAACAUAUUUUGGUACUUGACACAUGUUACAGUUAGCAUUUUAACAUGCUAACAUUAGCAUGCUAGCUUUUUAAGCUAAUUUAACAGGCAUACACCUAAGCGUCAUAUAAUUUGGUAUUUCACUAACACUAACUGUAAGCAUGCUGUUGUUAGCAUGUUAGCAUAUUACUGUUAGCAUGCUAGCUUUUUUUACCUCACAUUGUACCUUUUUUUUUUUUUAAGGUGAAAACUACCAAAAUGCCCCCCGCAUCCUUUCAUUUGUUAGCCUAUUGCUCUCACAUGGUAAAAGUUUGGGCACUCCGGCUGUAGGCGCUGUGGUGACACGCACAAGUAAUGCAAAUUACCGCCACCCACAGGACAGGAGUGGAAACACGUCAUUAUUGUUUCCAUCAAAUGAAUCAGGGAUGGUAUGACAAGUUAAGGAAAUGACCUUUUUUCCAGGCUAAAUGUUAUAUUUUGGUUUCUAAGAGGGACUACCGGUAAUUGUCACUAAUGUAUUUAAAUGCAUAUUUGUUACACUUCAAUCAAUCAAUCAAUCAAUGUUUAUAUAUUGGAAAAAUUGCAAACUAACGUACUUUUAUUUGUUGAUUAAACAUGACUGAUGUGUCAUGUGUUUAUAGGUGGGUACUGAAGUGUUUUUGUAUGUUUUUUUAAAUUAUAAUUUUCUAAAGUAAUUUUUGACAUUGUUUUCCAACAAACGUAUUAAGGACGUUGUUGUUUUAUAUGAUAGAGUUUAAUGAGAAUAAAUUCAGAUGCCAGCACUGUUGUGAAAAUGUUGUGUUUAACGCCAAAAUUGUUUGCUUAUUUAGGCCCUUAUCAUAUUAUUAUUCUAUCACUUUGAACUAGAGAUGUCCGAUAAUGGCUUUUUUGCAGAUAUUCCGAUAUUGUCCAACUCUUAAUUACCGAUUCCGAUAUCAACCGAUACCGAUAUACACAAUCGUGGAAUUAACACAUUAUUAUGCCUAAUAUUGUUGUGAUGCCCCACUGGAUGCAUUAAACAAUGUAACUUUACCAUGAAUUGGUUAACGUGGACCCCGACUUAAACAAGUUGAAAAACUUAUUCGGGUGUUACCAUUUAGUGGUCAAUUGUACGGAAUAUGUACUGUACUGUGCAAUCUAGUUUCAAUCAAUCAAUCAAUCAAAAACAAGGUUUUCCAAAAUAAGAGAACAACUUCAACUCCAGUUAUAGAAAAAAAUGCCAACAUGGCACUGCCAUAUUUAUUAUUGAAGUCACAAAGUGGUUUGUUUUUUUUAACAUGCCCUUAACAGCAGCUUGGAAUUUGGGACAUGCUCUCCCUGAGAUAAUCCUAAUACCCACUACAACUAUGGGAAAUACUAUACUUUGACUUUCACAAAGUGCAUUAUUUGUAUUUUUUUUAAACAUGCCUCAAAACAGCUACAAAAACAAUGAAGGCACACAGCUUCAGUCCAGAGUAUACUAGAGCCUACGUCCGUGUUUUACCGGGUGUGUACCGCUCCGUACAGCGGCAUUUUUAAAAAGUAAUUAAUUUUACUUCUUGAAACCGAUACGGAUUAUUUCCGAUAUUACAUUUUAAAGCAUUUAUGGGCCGAUAAUAUCGGACAUCUCUACUUUGAACGCAUUGUUAAAUAAUCAAAUGUAGAUACUUUUUCUUAUACUUUCUGAUCUCUCUCUCUAUGUCCACUUCUUGCUGUACAUAUCCUACCAAGUCAGACCUACACUGUUUCAAUGUCCAUUUCUCUGAUGAUACAAUUGUUGAUGACUGAAGUGUUGAUACCGGCAUACGACUGUGAAUUGUUUUUGUUUGCGGAUGACUCUGCCUUGCUGGUAUCCGGCAAGGACAAGUCACAGGUGGAGAAAAUCCUCAGUGCUGAGCUCUGUAGAACUUGCACCU